AUGCACCUCCUGCUGCUGCUUGUGGCCCUGGCGGUUGUCGACGCAGCGACCAGCCCCAUCAAGAUCAACGGCUGGUACGCCUGCAGCGCCCGGACGUUCGCGACGCCGGCGCCGGCGACGGUCGCACCAUCGGCCAGCUUCAAGACCACGGCCUUCUCGGCGGCAGAGCCCGACGUCCUGGCCACGCUGCUUCGGCCCUUUGAUGCGUCAUCCAUCGCAGACUUUGCCGUGGCCUCCUACGGCACGUACCUUGUCGAGCGCUUGAUGCAACUCGAGAACCCGAGUAUCAAGGGCUACAUCCUCGACGGGAUCGUGGCCAACUCGGGCAGCAAGGACAACAAGCUCACGGUCUUUAACGACUGGGACAAGGAAGUCGACGAAGCUGCGCAAACGUUUAUUGAUCUGUGCAAGACCGACACGUAUUGCAGCAGCAAGUUCCCGGGCUCUGACCUCCGGACGGCCUUGACCAAGCUGUACGCAGCGCUCGACAACAAUCCCAAGGGCUCGGCGUGUGCCAAGCUGCUCGAGUCGUCGUCGUCGUCGCCACCUUCGGCCACGCUGCGUGCGCUCUUUUCCGAUCUGCUUCAAGAUCAGACCCUUCGAUCCAUGAUUCCGGCGCUGGUGUACCGCUUUACGCGCUGCAGCUCAGACGAUGUCACGGCGAUCACCAACUUUGCGAUUCAAAUCGAUAUCGAUGACAGCACGCCGCGUCCCUCCGACAGUUACCGGUCCACCAUGCUGUACAAGCUGAUUGUGACGUCUGAACUCUGGCGGACGCCCACGGAAUCCUACGAUACGCUCAAGAAGACGUUUAUGAACACACUCAUCGGCAGCAACGUGGCGGGCAUGGUGACGACUUACUGCAUUGCCAGCGGCGGCAAGGACCCCAACUGCGCUCAAGAGCGCGCGCCGAGCAACGACUACAAGUGGCAGUAUCCGCGCGAUAUCUACUACGACGUGCCGAUCACGAUUCCUAAAGGCACUAGCGUUCUGCUGUUGAGCGGUCUCUUGGAUCCGCAGACCGCUGCGAGAGGCGCUCGCAACCAGUACGACAGCUUCAUCGGGACGGCCAAGCGCCUCGUCGAGUUCAAUUACGCAGCCCACGGCACGAUCGUCAACACGCCCGUAACAACAAAGGGCGGCGCUCCAUGUGCAGCCCAGCUUGUCGCCUCGUUUGUGACAGUCGAUGGCGAUGUGACGGCGCUGGAUACGAGCUGUCUUGCGACGGUUGCCCCCAUGAGCUUUGCGAUCAAGCCGUCAUUGGCCAAGUCUUAUUUGGCGACAGACGAUAUCUACGACGGGGUGCCCACCGAAAAGUUUACGGCGGCGUCAACUUUGGCGCCGGGGACGUCUGCGGUAGACGGCGCGGUGACGACCAGCGACACGGUUGCCUCGGGCUACAAGACGGCAGCGAUCAUCGGCUAUGUGCUCGUGGCGGGUCUUCUCGUGGUCCUUCUCGUACUCGUGCUUCGGAAGCGAAAGAAGCGAGCGCAAGCGCACAGUACACUCUAUGUCGAGCCAACGCCUGCCUAG